CUAUUCUUGUUUUUUUUUUUUAAUUACAAGCGUUAUGUUCAUUUCGUCAUGUUCAUUUUUUUUUUUUUACAGGCAGCCCUUUCCCUUUUGAACUUGAAGUUGUGAAAUUGUACAAGGACUACACAGUACAGGGUUGGACGGUCCCCGUAUGCCCGCUUUCUUUAGUGUGCAACAGCUGUUCUACCAGCUACAAUUCGCUAGGAGGAUGUCAUUGUGAUCCUUACUGCUUUUAUUUCAAUGACUGUUGUAUCGACUAUCUUAAUGAGUGUGAGAUGAACCUUGUUGAUGACGCCUUCCAUGAGGCGACUGAAGGCAUCGAUCCCAGUCAGUUCUCCUGUGUGCAACCAGCGGGAAAUCUCCGUUACAAUAACAACUAUUGGAUGGUGAGCCAGUGUGAUGUGCGAUGGAGUAAUGAAGAGAUGAAAGCAAAGUGUGAAGGGCAGGCAAUGGAUGAAGAUCCACUGACCUCAAUGCCCGUUGAAUAUUUGAAGAGUAUCACCUUUAAGAAUGUGUAUUGUGCUGUUUGUAACUACAAGGACAUUAGUGGCAUCACACCCUGGGAAAUUGACGCUACAUGUCUCUCUGAAGAAUACUCAAAUUUAUCACGAAGUGAAUUCUCUGCCCAGCAAAUUGGUGAAAUUAUGAAGGACUGCCUCAUUUGGAAAUUUCAGAGCCCCUUCUCACCAACGGCUGCAAGGCAGUGCAAAAAUUCGGAAAUUGUAACAUGCGACGUCAAUCCAAAGAAUGAAACGAUGGUUCUCUUGGCGCAGGCUUGUGAGUCGUACACAGGCGUUAUCAGCAUCUACAAAAACCCUCACUGCUUCAUGUGUAAUAAGGCUUUAGUUUAUAAUCAAACGAUGGACAGAAUCUAUUUGUCUUUGAUUGACAUGGAAUGUCCCCCUUUUACUACUGGAGGUGUAAUUGUUCCACCUAAAAUUCCUGUCCCCAGUUACCCUAUUUCUGUCCUUUUCGAUUUUUCAUCUGUUGAAGGGCUCUCUAGCCAAGAGCCACUAAUCGAUCAUUAUUGUAGAGAUAACCAAAUAUUUGAUACGUUUAAUAAACUCUGUAUUAAUCUUACGUGUCCAGUUGGGUAUGGUCUCAUUAACGCCACUUGUCAAAGGCUUCUUGCAACCCCCCAUUGCUCGUUCAAAGACGCCAUCCCCAUUCUUAUCGAAGUGGAGUGCAUGUAUAAUGUUGGAGACAUGUCAAACUGCCACCCCGAUAUGCGUUUACACGAUUACGUAAUAUCUUUAAUCAAUGGCAAUUACGUAUCCCCAAUGAAUCUUACCAUUAGUAGGUUCACAGCUGAAAUAAAGGGGAAUGGUUCACUCACCAUAUGUACUCAGACUUUGGACAUUUGGGGGUAUCUAGGAAUCAAUAUAGACGUCUCUCAAGAAAACCUCGACAGUGUUUUCUUGUCAACCAACCAACAAAGCUCAGCUGUAAAUGACGUCUGCAGCAAUAUGACUUUCAUGAUAUAUAUUGGAUGCAGCAACAUCAAUGAAAGUUGCUCUAACAGAAUUUUGUCUACAGAUAAAUUUAUGAAAUCAUACGACAACGCAACGGGACAGGUAUUUUUCGUUGGAGAAACAAAAUACAGCCUUCUGGAAUCUCGCUAUGUGACUGAAUACGAUAUUACAUCAUCGGAAAUGAUGAACCUAAAACGAGAAAUUUUAACAGGAUGUGAUGUUCCAUCUGAAACUUGUGCAUUAGUAUCACAGAACAUAUCACUAUUUGUUGACUUGGGCAAUGGAUCUUACCUUUACUCGCCUCUUAACAGAACCCUGGCGCCGAAUGACUAUUUGGAUGUUGGAAAUGACACAAUUUUCGUUUGCUCUUACGUCUUGGUAAGUGAGCAGUCUUCUGCAGGAUUCCUUCGUUUUACAUCUGCUCAAUCUAUUUUAAGCACCAUCGGUAUUUCCUUGUCUAUAAUUGCUCUUAUUGGAACAUUUGUUACUUAUCUCAAACUCAACCUUAUUCGGAAAGCCACGUCGAACACUCUCAUCAUGAGUCUCUGCAUAACUCUGAUCUUCGCCCAAUCUAUCAUCUUAUUUGGUGGACUAGCCGUGAUGAAUUCUAAUGCGUGCCUCUCAUUUGCCAUCUUGGGUCACUUCAUGUGGAUCGCAGUUUUCUCUCACACAACGGCUCUUGCUUUCGAUUUACACCGUCGAUUCGGCAUAGCAACGAAAUUUGGCCGAAACGAUGAGGGCGCUGCAGUACUUUCAAGGUUCCUUCUGUUUGCCUGGGGAUGUCCAAUACUUGUGGUUGGUCCUUGCCUUGGAAUCUAUUUCAGCGGCAUCAAGCUUCCACACUUCAACUUCACCUAUAAAACAGUUACCUGUUGGAUCGGUGAUGGUAUGGCCAAUGUGUAUGUCUUUGGAAUCCCCGUCGCUUCUCUCCUUGUGGUCAAUCUCAUUUUGUUCGUCAUGGUAGUUGCCGGUCUUCACCACAUGAGAAUGAGCCCUGUCAACAAACACAAGAGUACAGAUUCGAACAUGUCAGCUGACCUUUUAAUUUACAUCAAGAUGUCCACUCUGCUCGGUUUCACCUGGGUCUUUGGUUUCGUAACUGCCUUCGCUAACGUCACAGCUCUCUGGUAUAUCUUCAUCAUCCUCAACUCUCUCCAGGGAGUCUAUAUCUUCAUUGCCUUUAUCUGCAACAAGCGUGUCUUCAAGCUCUGGCGGGACUCUUGUACAUGCCUCGGUAGGGUCUCCUCGACGUCGUCCUCCAAGUCAAGGGCGACUUCAUCAGACAUGGCGACAAUGAAAAAAAUCGAACUGAAAACGACAACUAGCGAAUCGACGCUUUAAAAGAACACGUGCAGAAUGGUCAGCUCAGCAAUCGCCAAUCAUCUACCAAGGGAUAUUCCAGUAGACCGAAAGCCCACUUGAAGGGCACAACACUGACGAGACCGACAAAACAAAGAAAAUGCAUAACAAGAUAUAUAGAAGUGAAGAACCUGAAAGGUCCACGAGACCGAUAGCCCAUUCGAACCACAAAAUAAAGAUGCUGGAAAUAUAGAUAAAUUAUAGUUUAGUUUCUCAUGAAACGUUGGUCUAGUGGUUUGUGGCAGUUUAUGAUUUCUGGCACGGAUGGAUCGAGCUGGUGCGGCUGACUGAUUGAAUUUCUUAAGAGUGAAAAAAAAACUACAUCAGUGUUGGAAGCAGCACUACGAAAUGGGCCGCCAUCCUUGUAAAGCUUUGCUUUUGAUUGCGGUCUCCUGCACUUUUCCAACAGAAUAGUUCAGAUAAUACUUUAAAUUUAUGAUAAUAUUAGGGUG